UCGACCGACCGGCGGCAGAGAAGGAAGCCUCACCUCAGGUAGCGUGGAGUGUGAAGGGGCUCUCUGAUCGACGAUGGGAGAGACGACGGAGCAGAAGAACUUCUCUGAAGCUGUUACUCAGAUGUUACAAGCGGCGCCAGGAGCCAGGAAACACCUCGUCGAUAACCACAGCAACCUCCUCCGAGUGGCAGACUACUGCGAGAACAAUUACCUCCAGGCAGAUGAUCCACACAAAGCUAUUGAGGAAGCCAAGGCCUUGGCUACCCAGGCUCUGGCCAGUGUGAGCUACCAGGUCCACGGUCUGGCCAGCAGUGUGCUGAGGCUGCUGGACUCCCAGGCCACGCAGGUCAGAGCCAUGGAGAGCUCGGUCAACCUGCUGUCACUGGCUGCGUCUAUCCACCUUGAGAAGGUGGCAAGGAGAGAGAUCGGCGUUUACACCACUGCCAAAGACAAGAGUCGCUCCAGGUUCGUGACCCUGCUGCCCUCAGGCAAGGAGCCGGAGAAGAGCUACUCAAGAGUGCCCAUAUCGUACUCCAUCCUGGACUCCAUUGGACACUGUUUUCAGGUCUGUGAGGAGCAGCCCAGGAUGAGAGCAGACAGCAUACAGAGCACUGCAGACACCAUUGUAACUGGUCUCGGCAUCGCUGUGGCUCCGCCGUCGGUCCCCACCUUGCAAGCUGUCACCAACCCCACCAGCGACAGCCUGCCUCCCCCUCCUCCCCCUGCUUCGGACGUGGACCCCAGUAUGCCUUCUCCUCCACCACCACCUCCCCCUUUCUCCAUGGACAAUGGCCUCCCCCCUCCGCCCACCUUGACCUCACCCACAAGUCUACCCCCACCUCCCCCUCCACCAUCAAAUGGUUUCUACGUGCCUCCGCCUCCCCCCGUAGCAGGAGGUGCCCCAAUUCCUCCUCCACCACCCCCACCUCAAACAUUAUUUGGAGCUGGUACUCUUCCCCCUCCGCCUCCUCCUCCACCAGUGUCAGGAGCCGCGCCGCCUCCUCCUCCUCCUCCUCCACCGCCCCUUCAUACUGGCACAUCAGGUCAAGGAGGCUAUAAAAUGUCUGUUGCAAGUCAACACUCUGCUUAACCUGCACCAAAUGGCUGAUACUUGAAGCUCAGACCCACAUCCUACCCAGGCCCACCACCGCCAUACACAGACCCUCCAGCUUACUCAGAGCAGCCUGAUCCUCCUCCCAUUCCACCCGCUGCACCUUAAAAUGCUGUCUCUAGCCAUGUCACAAUUUACUUUUUUAUUACCCAGUGGGUUUAUUGGAUCAAAUAAGAGUUCAGGAGGGGUGUGAGAUUGUGAAAUAAAAGUUCAGAAGUAACUUCAAAACAUUUGUCGGCAUUGGUAAACCUGUCUGCAUGAGAAUGACAUUUUUUUGGUGGUUAUUAUCAACAGUGAUGUUACAUGGAGCUCAAAGCAGAAAACAAUGAAACAGAAAGUUAUACCGACGUGACAUGUAUAUGUAAAAAUGUGCACAGGUCUUCUACAGUCAAAGUUACGAGUGAGUUUUUAAUUCCAGCUUUACCUAUUGUAAAUGCUUUUAAUGUGUCACAUUUUGUCAAUCCUACUCCUGUAACCUCAAAGUUCCCUUUUCACAAAUUUUAUUCACAGCAGGAAGCUCUGAAGCCACAGCCGCACCCUCAGACUUUGAAGGUCUUUCUGAACAUUUCUAACAUCAAAAUCUUUUAUUUGAGCCCAUGUGGGCCACGUGGUUAAAUAUUUUUAUUUGGGACAUAUGUGUAUAGAACUUAUCUACCUGGAAACAAUCCACUAUGUGGAAAUGGGUGUCUUUAUUUGAUAAAAUCAUAUGUACCGUAUGUGCAGUAUUUACCUGUGUGUUAUGACAGAGAUAGCAAAUAAAAUAUCUAUGUAUAGAAAUUAGUAGUUUACAUGUUUAAAUGAUACUAAGGUGACUUAAUAGUGUAUGUCAUUUACAAAAUUAAGCAAUUUGUGAAUAAAGUUAAUUUAAGGGAAAAAGGGAAAAUACUUUUUUGGGGGGUCAGUCCACAUUAUGCUAAGAAGUUAGCCACCACUUUUCAGGUGGAAUAUGAAAAUUGUUGGCUAUCUUGACAAAGUUUGUAUUAGAAACAGGGCGACAGACAGAGAAGCGUUUGUGACAGUACAUGGUGAAUGAUUUUGUUCGACAUAAGAAGUAUGCAAGAUGCAGAGCACACCUGUGGGUCCUGUGUCUUUAAACAAGACAAUAAUGCUGUAAAAGCUCCUCAGGUUGUGCACUUCCCUAAGUGACACAUUAUCCUUUGAUUGCUACCCACAGGUCAGCACAGUUUUUGGAUAUUUUGAUAAGUAAUGUCAUCAUAUUGAUCUAAUCCCAGCCAUGACUGUGGCACUGAAUAUCUUUCAAUACAUAUUCCCAGCCUUGGUGAUGUCCAUAGCUGUGGUACUCCUCUGCUUCUAUCUGCAAGCGAAAAAGAAAAGAGCAGCAUACGACAUCACCACAACAGCGACGCAGGGUGACAACGCUGCUUCAGCACACAAUGCGGUUUCUCUGGAAGAAGAUGCAGUAGAAGUGAACAGACAUCACGACAGACUCCCUCCUCGCUACAGCACUGUGGAGCACCCGCCUCCAUAUUCACUGAUUGACCCCAAGCUGACAACCGUGUGGCCAGUGGGCCUGCUGCCUGCCUACGAGAUGUAUCCCAUAAUGCUGCCUCUGGCAACUCAUUACUGAAUGACACGCGCAGGACCUCUGUAUCCAACGCCAUCACCCCCACCCACAGACUCAGAGGCUCCUGCAGGCACCCACCAACUGAAGUGUCAACGAACGCUGAGGACGCAGCAUGUGCUGCUUCUGUGCAUUUAUUUAACAUAAUGUUGUUAAACACUUUCGGUUUAAAUUUUCAUGUGAACAUCAAAACUACAGUGUGUGUACAUAGUCGUCGGACUGCAUCUACUCAACGGCAGAAUCUUCAAAAAGCACCAAGUGUUUCUCUUUGUUAUACUAUAUAUUCUUUAUUACAAUACAGUACUUACAAGGUUUUAGGGAAGAUAAAAUAAAUAUCAAAUCAGUUUCCAGUACGAUUUAUUUUUCUAAGAAGGAACAUGUACAGUGACAGAAGUGAAAUAUUCCUUCAUGAAAAAUAGUGUUUCCUUGGCUUUCGAACCAUUUUAAGGCAAAAUUAACUAAGAAGAAGCCACUGAUAAAUAUUUUUACUACUUAAAAAAUAACCCCAAAAAAUGUGGUAAUCUCCAUCAAGUUGUCUGAACUGUAGUAUAAAGUAAUAUGUUUGUUUUCAUCAUACAAUCAAUACAUACUGUAGGCUACUUGUUUUACUUCUUUUUUUUUUGUUGCUGUUUUUUUUUACUAGGGUUUAAGUGUUGUCAUUGCUACAAAUACGACUCAACAGAAUCAAGCAGGAAGUAGUUUGACACUGUGAUCCAGCUGCUGCCAAACAAACCAAAAACUUUAGACAGGAAAUGUACAGUGCUAACCCACAUUGAAAAGGAAACGGAGACUGCGAGAUUAAAUAAAAAAAUUCCUCAACAAAGGCUCUGAUCUCACUGUGUUUGUAUAUAUAUACAUAUACAUAUAUAUAUAUAUAUGUAUAUAUAUAUAUAUAUAUAUCAUUCUAAGUAGAUGUAUUGCACGUAUAUGUUUUUGUUUAUCUAUUGCUGUUAAUUUUUCAAAUGGUUGGUGACUUACAAGAUAAAGCACAUUUCUGGACGCAUACAAUCGUACUUUAUGACCAAUGGUGAAAUAAAGAGAAUUUAGUACAAACAUGA